UGGCUUGCGAGUUAACCACUUUAACCAUCUAAUGCGUAUCCCUCUUUGUGAACCACAAGCAUGCGCAGGCUGAAGCAGAUCGACGACGUCUGGAAGGUCAUGCUUAUCUGUAUCGCAUGAUCACAUCCAAUUACGCAAGCCGCCUGCAUGCUCGCCGCACCCAAGUCGCGCGAUGAUCUCAAGUGGAUUUUGCAUCUCUCGCUCACUUACGACGAGCUUUCUCGCUUGCAAUGCCUCAGAGAAUUGCGGACGCAGCCCAUAUUGUUCCAUAUCUCACUCAUCGCAUUAGCCGUCACGAGCAGCCGACCCCUGAAAAAGGCAAGGAAAAUAAUGGUCGCAUUCGACAUACCAAGCCAAAGAAGGGCAAACCUACAAAACAGGAGAAAACUCCUACUCGAGGACGGGAGGCCAACCGCAAUCACAGCUCGAGCAUUGUUCCUCGAUCUCGUACAUCACCCUCCUGUAAUCGGCUAGAUGAAACACGACAUCAUGAGCAUUCGCAUCCUCGGGCUCAAGGUCGUUUUCAAGAAGUCAGAUAUGCGGAUGAAAUCCCGGAUUACCCACCACCCACUUUUCAAGAGGCUAUGUCUAGUCCUCCUGUAUCAGUAUGUCCUAGUACCGCAACCCUCGGUCUCUACAACGUCCCGAGUCCAGUGCAGGUCGUGCAAAAUUAUGGCUCUCCCAGAAGUCCUGAGGUAGUACGAUCUUAUGUGAACUCCGACAGCGAUUCCGAUGAAUCACUCGAGGUUAUCGAUGUUCGCAGAGAUUUCACUCAAGGCGGAGGGACAUAUCAUGACGAUGAAGAUGUUGUGCGAGACCGUGGCCGGCAUUCUUUGGAUGAUCACGACCCACCCACACCAAUUACUUCCACUCAGUCGAAACGAAGACAUAUGUCUCUUUCACCUCUUCGGCUUUUUGCGCAUAAGCCCAUAGCACUUCAAGAGCGAGCAUUGUCUGCUCAACCUGCAUCUCCUUACUCUUUUCAUCGGAAUGUUGCUCUCUUUCGGAGUACUACUUCGCUCAAAACAGUUUCCAAUGGCUCAUUCUUUCGUCUGCCGUUGUCUUCCUCAUCGUCCACGUCUCUUGUAAAAGCUGACCGGCGAGUUAUUUCGAAAGGUAAAGAGCGAUCCGCUGAGCCUUUGGAAACCUGGGAGGUUUUGGAUCCUCCUGCCAGUCUUAUGUCAGCCGUCGAAUCAUUGACAAACCCGCCCUCACCAGACUCGGGGACACCUUCUCCUGUACAAACUCGCAUCUUCACAUUUGAUUGCCAUGCUUCUUCAUCCAAUGUGGCAUGUGCGGAGUCUAAUGGUCAAGGCGUGUAUUGCAAAGGUCCCAACUUAGACUCGGCUGAUAGGUUACUAUCCAUUCCUACUAAUUUCCGUGACGAUUCUGCAUCGAUUCCUCGAAGGCCCUGUUCUCAGAAUGUACUGUCUCACCAAUACAUUUCAUCCUAUAUUCCAUCAAAUUUACACGACCGUUCUAAUACACUUGCAAGUCCAUUGCCAGGACCGGGAAUCUUGCAGAAUCCUGGCACAUCUCCGCCGAGUCCGUCCUCCGCAUCCAAAAACAUGACCUCCUCCUUGCCACUGAGUUUGCAGUCACGGGGUGCUAAACGUCUAGACCUUAACUCAGACACGGCAAACCCGCUUCAGUUGGCAUUGGAAACACCGCUGCCUCCUACUCCGAUAGAUAACAUCAUGGGAGAAGAGAGCACAAACACUCGUCUUCAAACGGUGGGCCAUCAUAUACACGCACACUUUCAAUUUGCUCCCAAUCCUAAUGAGGUGUUGUCUUCCUAUAAUGACACCAUCGCUGGAGACACGACGAAGGUCCUUCCGCGAUCUCGUGUUCAUGUCGCACCGAAUGAUAGGACUUCUGGUAGCUUGAAAGUUAUGUACGGUAUGCCCCAGGCUGCAGGAUACAACAACUCAGUUUCCAAAACCCAGAGGCCAAUUCCCAGCCCUCUACAGGUUCCAUUCCCUUCAGUCAUUUCUCCCGACCCUACAUCUACGAGCCAUAUCUACACUCAGACACCUACACGACGUCACUAUCCCGGGAGGCCUUUACCAAAAACCCCACAGCCUGUAGUAUCAGAGAUUGCUCGAAACAUGGUGGAUUCACUAUAUGCUCCAAAUCCAGAAAAUACAUCGAAUACAGACACCUGUCUCGGUCCUACUUUUCCACACGGACUCCUCAUUGAUUUCGACGAGUCGACGCCGGUUCAUUCCACGCUAAGCUCGGAAAUGAAUUCUCCAACUUCCACCGUCAGGCUAUCAACCUACGACCGGUCAACUGAUGGCGAAAGCCAUAGGCUUGCAGAUAAGUUGGCACGCACCAAUAACAAAUCCUCCGAAACUUUGAGAGCUCUCAACCCCAAAAAUACUGGUGCAUAUUCCGCACUGGAUAUUUCUCCUCUUGGGCAGGGAGAGCAGAAAAAUUUGGGCGAAUCCAGUUAUGAUUAUCAACCAGACCGUCACAUUGAUAACGCUGCAACUGCGAAUCCAUCUAUGCUGAACCUAGCAGACUUUUUUCCAUACGAAUAAUAGGCAAUACGUUGGCGAAGUAGGGCUAAAGCUUUUCAUUGGCGACAUACCUGGUGUAUUUCCGUUCUGGUCCGGAUAAAACCGACAAAGAAAGAAGUCAUCUCAUUGUAAGACGCAUGUUGAGGUAGAAUCUAAAUGAGAUGCGCA